AUGGCAAGCUAUGCAGGGAAAGCUGCCCCUUCUAAUGGGACUAUCUAUGUUAGUAAUUUACCUGAAGGGACCGAUGACACUAUGUUAGCUGAAUAUUUUGGCACAAUUGGAUUGUUAAAGAAAGACAAGCGAACUGGUCGACCUAAGAUAUGGCUGUACCAUGACAAAAUGACAAAUGAGCCGAAGGGUGAUGCUACAGUUACAUAUGAGGACCCUCAUGCUGCUCUAGCUGCUGUUGAGUGGUUCAACAACAAGGAUUUUCAUGGUAAUAUCAUUGGAGUAUUUAUAGCACAGUCUAAGAGCAAAGAUGACCAGGUGUAUAACUCUGUGGAUGAUACAAAUGAAUUUGGCGGGUUUGAGGAAAAUGCUAAGGAUUUGAAUGAGGAUGGAGGAAGAGGUAGAGGACGGGGUGACGCUUCGGGGAAAGCAUGGCAACAGGAGGGAGACUGGUUGUGUCCGAAUACAAGCAGUUGUUCCAAUGUAAAUUUUGCAUUUCGUGGUGUGUGCAACCGUUGUGGAAGUGCUCGACCUUCUGGUCCAUCUGGUGGUGCUGCUGGAGCUGGUGGUCGUGGGAGGGGCCGUGGUGCCAAUGACUCUGGGGGCCCUGGCCGGUCAGUUGGUGCCCCCACUGGACUUUUUGGUCCAAAUGACUGGUCUUGUCCAAUGUGUGGCAAUAUCAACUGGGCAAAACGUACGAAGUGCAAUAUUUGCAAUACCAAUAAACCCGGUCACAACGAGGGUGGUGUGAGAGGAGGACGAGGUGGUGGUUACAAAGAACUUGAUGAAGAAGAAUUAGAGGAAACUAAACGACGGCGAAAAGAAGCUGAAGAAGAUGAUGGAGAGUUAUAUGAUGAGUUUGGCAAUCUGAAGAAAAAAUUUCGGGCCAAAACUCAACAAGCUGAAGCUGGAAGAGUGCUUCCAGGUGCUGGGCGUGCAGGAUGGGAGGUUGAGGAAUUAGGUGUUGUUGACAGGGACGGGAGAGAGAGAAGCAGAGAAAGAGGGAGGGAUCGAGAUUAUAGGGAAAGCAGCAAGACCAGAGAACGUGAUGGUAGGGACAGGCGCCGUAGUCGAAGUAGGGAGAGGGAUCGUGGAAAAGAUCGAGAUUAUGAGUUUAGCCGAGACAGAGAAUAUGGACGGGACAGGGAGCGUGAGCGGGACCGGGACCGGGACCGGUACCGAUACUGA